AUGUACAAACCUCAAAGGGAUCUCAAAGGAAAUCAAGUUAUUCAUUCCUUUAAAGAGGUAUGGUUGGUGUAUUCUCAACCAAAUCUUCAGCCCCUACCAAUUUCACCCUUCUUUUCACCGCCUUUUGGCCAGAUUCCUUUGGUAAAUCCCUUCCUAUCUAUAGGGUUUUCCGAAAACCUUAAUCCUCUGAUAGGACACCCUGACUCUCUGUCUAUAGGGCCGCCAUUUUACGUCUUCGACAAUUUUAUCGAUCAAGACAAAUGUUCGGAUAUCGAUCAAGGCUGUGCUUGCUUAUCCGAAUACCGCACAUUCGAUGGCACUUGCAACAAUGUCAAACAUUCCAAAUUUGGGUCGACAUUUCAACCUUUACUCAGAAUCCUGUCCCCAAAUUAUGGAGAUGGCAAAUCCAGUUUCCGGAGAAGCCAAUCGGGGUCUCCAUUGCCUAAUGCCAGAAAAAUAAGUCUUCUUAUUCAUGGACUGCCUGAUAUGUUAAAUGAAUUUCUGAGUAUAAUUGCCAUGCAAUGGGGUCAAAUGGUUGAUCAUGAAAUGAAUUUCGUCCCGGCUACUAAAAAACCCGAUGGGAGCAGAUUGGCAUGCUGCGGUGCAGAUUCAUCCAACACUCAAUGCGCUCAUAUUGACGUUAAAGGAGAUCCUUUCUAUGGAGAGUUUGAAGUGGUCUGCAUAGGAUUUACUCGAAGCGAAAUUUCGAAUAUUUCUUCAAGAAGCAGAGAGCAAUUUAAUAAAGUUACAUCCUACAUAGAUGGUUCAGUGAUAUAUGGAUCCGACGAAGCAAAAGCAAAAUCUCUUAGAUCAUUUAAGAAUGGGAUGUUACUAAUGACCCAAAGUCCAGUUCCAGGAGGUAAAUCCAUGCUUUUACUAGUAAAAGACGCCAAGCUAUGCGAUGGACAAGAGAAAAAUGGCACAGGAAUUUGUACAGCCGCUGAUAGAUUACAUACUAAUCUCUCGCAGAAGAUUAAAAGAUGUAAUAGACUGCAAAGUCAUCCCAGGAGAAGAUAUCGCCGCACAACACAAGCAGUCAUGAUGACAAGACAAGAUAAAAAAUCCAAGAGAUUAGCUACAACGGCGGUGGCUAGAGCCAAAUCUAUGGCAUACGAUGACAUGUACGAAGAUACAGAUUAG